UGGUCGAAAGAUUUCACCGCCAAUUAAAAAGCUCUCUGAUGGCAUAUGCUGAUACAUCGAAGUGGAGUGACGCACUACCGCUUGUACUCCUUGGAAUUCGUUCAACUAUCAAGGAAAAUAUAGGUUGCACACCAGCUGAACUAGUUUAUGGUACAACUCUAACACUACCAGGUCAACUAGUAGACCAAGACACAACAAUAUCAACUGAUCCAAAUCGUUUUGUGAGUCGUCUACUGCAAACGAUGCAAAACAUCAAAGCAACACCGCCGCGCGAAAAUAAUAAUCGCGUACAACUUGACAGACGCCUGGGAACGUGUAAGUUUGUCUUUGCUCGAGUCGACACUGUUCGAAAGCCAUUGAAACAACCUUACGAAGGACCGUACCAAGUAAUGUGCAAAUAAUAUCAAAAACUAUUUACAAAAUAAGUUUGUCAUGCCUAUCUCCACAGUCUCCUCAACUACUUUCUCCAUAGUGUCGAAGACGGUUCCAUAAGGUUUUCCUUCCUAUACCGUCAAAUGAUUUCUCAUAAUCAAGGAAGUUGUUGUGUGGUGACGAGUUCCAUUCAAUUAGUUGUUGAACGACGUUCUGUAGUGUCGCGAUUUGGUCUGUACGCGACAGAUGUUUACGGGAGCUGGACUGUUUGUCUCCGGUUCAGUAAUACUGUUGAAAACUUUUUCUGGUACCGAU